GGACGUUCCACGUGCAGCAGCUCUGCAUCGACUAAGUGUUUUAGGACUUUUCAGUGAAGAAUUGCCGCCAAGCACGGAAGCAAAAUGGAAUCGGAAAGUCCUGAGCCAAUGGACGAGAGUGCCGAAUGCAAGCUGGAAAUCGUAGCGGAAGAAAAGUGUCCGCUAGAAUCUUUGGCAACGUUAGGUGUUACCGAUCUAGACCCUCAAAGAGCUUGCACAUCUUCGUUAGCUAGGAAUGGUGAGGCUGCGGAAGCCAUGGCAAUAAAUGUAGACAUUGGCAGCAAGGUAAUGAGCCCCCCCGAUCCUUCGGCGGAUCAGCCACCGUUUAAAAAAUCGGGAAGCGUUCUCGAUGAGGACGAAGGCUACUUCGAUGAGAACCUGCGUAAACGAAACAAAAUUGGGAAGGUUCCUGCGCACAACUUUUCGGCGGUAAAGAGCCCACCGGAUCAACUAGCAACGACCAACGCUAAAUCAUCGCCAGUGGGUUGUACGGCCAAACGUCAAAGCGGUAUUUCGAAUGAGUUUUCGGUUUCCUCUUCGCAAAUUUCCAAAAUCAGACAGUAUUGGCAUGUUGGUGAACAGCAGAUACAGAACAGGCUGGAGGAAAGUUUGAAGCUUGAAUAUUUUCGCUCAAUGUACGGCAAUGAUGAUGCGAGCCAGACUGCUGAAGCGAUGUUACGGAAAGAGUCGCUGCGAAAGGUCAAGGGUAUAAACCGAACGGCUAAACUUGAUCGCAAGUUAACUGAAAAGGCUCUACGUGAGAAAAAUUCGACACAUCGCUUAAGUAAAUUCCGCCGCAAACUGCCAGCAUUCGGCUUGCGGACCGAGAUUCUCGAUAAGAUUAAGCAGAGUCAGGUGAUACUGAUAAAGGGCGAAACGGGAAGUGGAAAGACUACCCAAAUACCGCAGUAUAUUCUAGAGGAUGUCUCAUUACGUGGUGAAGGCAGUAGUUGCCGCAUUCUAUGCACGCAGCCUCGCCGCAUUUCGGCAAUUUCACUUGCGAAGCGUGUGGCGGAGGAGCGUUGCGAACCGAUCGGUCAAUCGGUAGGCUACCAGGUACGGCUAAAUGCGGUCAAACCCCGGAACCAGGGAGGAAGCAUCAUGUUCUGCACCACCGGUAUAGUACUGGCAUUCAUGCUAUCUGAUCCUUUGCUGCGCGAAUACUCACAUCUCGUGCUGGACGAGAUACACGAGCGAGAUGUCAUCACGGAUUUGCUGUUGGCCAUCAUACGGAUGGUGCUACCCUAUCGGAAGGAUCUAAGGGCCAUUCUAAUGAGUGCGACAUUAACAGCGGAAACCUUCUCAGCGUACUUCAACAAUUGCCCGAUGGUUGAAAUCCGUGGCAUAACCUUUCCAGUCCGCGAGUACUAUCUAGAGGAUAUACUACUCGAGCUAAAUGAUGACACAUUUGAUGUGCUAAAGAUGAAUCCCGCAGAUGUUGUUGAAUACUUUCAUAUGAUAUCGCGCUAUUUACCAGAGAUAGAAAACAAAUAUCCCAAAAAAGUUCUCAAUGCCUUGCGACGCCCGGAGACGGAAUGCAAGCAGCAUACCCUGUUGGUCAACCUGUUGCACCACAUUUCAAGCUCGCAGCCUGAGGGGGCUAUUUUGGUAUUCCUUCCAACUAUAGAUCAAAUCACCAUGAUUCACCACAUGAUCUAUGAGCACCCCAUGCUGAAGGAAAUCGAUUUGGUCGUCCAUAUGUUGCACUCCAAACUUUCGGGCAAGGAGCAACGGCAGGUGUUUGUAAAGCCACCGCACGGUACACGGAAGAUUAUCCUGGCCACCAACAUUGCCGAAUCGUCCAUCACAAUCGAUGAUGUGGUGUAUGUCAUCAAUACAGGACGUCAUAUGAUUAAUGUAAUGCUCGGCAACACCUGUGGGCUGGUGGAACAAUGGAUCUCGAAGUCGAAUGAAGUUCAACGGAAAGGUCGUGCCGGACGCGUCCAGGAAGGCAUCUGCUACCAUCUGUACAGCCGCGGAAGGAUGCGCACCUUUCCGGAGAAUGUUCCCCCGGAGAUCUUGCGUAUAGUACUUGAUGAGGUUAUUAUGCAGAUCAAAGUCCUUCGCCUGGGAGCGGUGCGUACGUUCAUGAAUCGGUUGCUGGAUAAACCGUCCGAUGAGGUAAUCGAUACGUCGUUGCACCUGCUUGCACGGAUGAAGGUGAUCGACCAUGAUCAGCACCUAACGCCCCUCGGUUUCCAGCUAGCCCAAUUGCAGAUGCAUCCGACUGUCGGAAAGAUGGUAUUGCUGGGGUGCAUUUUCGGGUGUGUCGAUCCGAUUGCAUCAAUCGCGGCCACACUAUCCUAUAAGGACGCAUUUGUUAAACCCAAGAACAGUAAGGAGGAUGAGAAGGCAAUCGGAAUUCGGAAGUGGUUCUCCGAUGAUACUUCCAGUGACCACAUAAUGCUGGCGAACGUCAUCACCAGAUGGCAAAGUGAACGAAACCCCCAGUGGUUUUGCAAUCGUAACAUGUUGAACCUCGAAACACUGAAACAUCUACAGCAAGAUAAAGAUGUUAUGUGUCAGCAUCUUUACCAGAGACAAAUAGUUGCAUCGGACGAUUGUAAAGCCCCGGUCAACAACGUUAACGCAGCUAAUCAGGAUCUGUUGAACGGAAUCAUAGCCGCAGGACUAUGCACUAACGUAGUCCGUCUAACUAAAAUCAACGGUUUCGCAUAUCGCUGGUGUAUGGACAAAAAACCGGUCAGCUUGGACAAUAUGUCCGUUAAUGCUAAACAAUCUUUUAUGCAGUCACGUUACAUGGUUUACCAACAUCUGCUCAAUUUUAAAACUAACCUUCUAAUCUGUACGACUACUGUGGUGAACCCACUGGCCUUAUUCUUCUUCGGUGACAACACGUGCGCAAAGAAGAAAUCGGCCAAAAGAAUGGAGAUCACAAUUGGUGGUGAAUUUGGCUUUAGUUGUGAUCUCGCAACAUAUCGUUUGAUCGAGGAUUUGCGUCAGGCUUUUGAAGGUCUGCUUACCAGAAAGCUGGCCCUACCAUCUCCCAUCGAUUGGUCUUCGGAGGAUGGAGCAUUGCUACGAGCUAUUGUAGAACUGCUCACAAACAUCGAACAGUAA